GUAUUAACUUUAUAUUUUGCAUGUUAACGAUUGUUGGUGAAAACUAGUCAAACUUAAUAUAGUUUGACUUUCUAAAAUUAAUAUAAGUACUAUUAAGAUUUGAAAUGGUAAACCCGUAAGUUUUCACGCAAAAAAGAAGAAGACAUCGAUCGAUCACAGGUAUGUUUCUUCUUGGUCCAUUGUCAACUCUCACUGUUGUCUCUGGUUCUUGUCCAUGGCGAGAAACCCACUCUUCACGGUGACGUUCGACCUCACCAGCAGCAGCAGGGACGACUAUGGCGCCUUCAUCGCUGGCAUCCGCGCGAGGCUGGGUAACCCGAGGCACGUCUCCCACGGCCGUCCCGUCCUCCCGCCGGUCGAGCCCGGCAUCCCGCCUCGCCGGUGGUUCCACGUGGUCCUCAAGACGCCGGCGAGCGCGCUAACGCUUGCCACCCGCGCCGACAACCUCGACCUGGCGGGCUUCCAAAGCAGCGACGGCACGUGGUGGGAGCUGAGCGACGGAAGAAAGCGAGGGGCGAUGGUGUGCGUGACGCGCGGGUCGCGCGGCCUCAUCCCGGGAUCCUCGUCGCUGGGCUUUGGCGGCACGUACCGCGAUCUCGUCGGCGGCGCGCGGGAAGCGAUCGAAUUCGCCGUCGGUCGGCAGCAGAUGACGGAGGCAGUGGACGCGCUCGCCGCGCACACGGCGGAGGCCGACAUCGCCCCUUACGGCGCCGAGCGGCAGGCGCUGGUGGUGCUCCGAUACAUGGUGCACGAGGCGACGCGGUUCUUGGAUGUGUCGGCGGCCAUAGCCGGCCUAAUGCGCUCACCGGACGUGGGGACGACAAAGAGCAUUAAGCUGACGCUGAAGGGCAGCCCGGAUGAUCUCGGGUGGGAGUGGUCGUCUAGCCUGCUGCUCAGCGCCGAUUCCUUGUCCGGGAGAUCCAGGGGGGACUAUGGCCGCACAUACCCGGCCGCGUGGGAGAGAGGGGAUUGCCUGGCCAGGGCGGUCGCGAGAGUGGGGAUACUGCUGUUCGUGGCCACGGAGUACGGGAUCAAGGCCAAGCGGGUGCUGCGUCUGUUCGACGGAGACCUAUGCCGCAGAGCUGGAACGGACGGCGGCGCGGCGACGGUCCAGGCGAAGGAGGACGUCAGGUUCCUGGUCUCCGGCGUGUCUGUGGCGGCUCACAGGUACAUAUUGGCCGGGAAGUCCGUCGUCUUCUUGCGGCAGUUCUUCUACGGCAUUAGAGACAAGUCUCCAUGCGUGGAGGUCAAGGACAUGGACGCGGCGGUCUUCAAGGCCAUGAUCCACUUCAUCUACACCGACAAGGUGCCCGAAUUCGACCAGGAACAGCCGGGGAUGGAGGCGGUGGCGGUGUUUGCCCACCACCUACUUGGAGCUGCCCACAGGUACGAGGUGGACGGGCUGAAGCUCAUCUGCAAACGCAAGCUGCAAUCUGGUGCCAUAUACGUGGGCAUGGCGGCGACGACUCUUGCCUUAGCAGAGCAACACAACUACCGGCGGCUAAAGGCCAUGUGCAUCGACUUCAUUGUGAGCACUCGCGAGAACCUCCAUGCCGUCUUGGCGACGGAGGGAUAUAAGCACCUGGAGGCAAGCUAUCCUUCCGUGCUCACCCAACUUCUCAAGUCAGUGCGUGUGACAGCAAGGGUGAGCUGGGAAAUCCAAACCUAGGUAAACGUGUAUGUUCAAGAUUUGAUGAUAAUCAAACCACGCAUGUUUGUACA